AUGACAUGGGGGGGGGGGCGCUCUGGUCUUGCAGUGGUUGAAAUAACGAAGAGCUUUCUCAGGGAACUGCCACGAGUGAACUGGUUCGUCGGUAGCGGGUGGCGGCACAUGUACGUGUUCGAAUACUGGUUCAUCAAAGUCGUUAUGCUCUGUUGCGUAGCCUUCAAAGAGCGAUGA